CUCAGCUGAACUCACAACUCCGGUCAACAUGUCCUACAGCUGCUGCUCUGGAAACUUCUUCUCCUGCUCCCUUGGGGGCUACCUGCACUACCCAGGCUCCUCCUGUGGCUCUUUUUACCCCAGCAACCUGGUCUACCAUACUGACCUCUGGUCUCCCAGCCCCUGCCAGAGGUCCUGCUACCGUCCAAGGACCUCCAUACGCUGCAUUUCCUGUUGGCCAACUUAUGCUGCGUCUCUGGGCUCUGGGUCCAGCAGCUGCUGCUCCCUGAGCUAUGGAUCUAGAAGCUGCUACUCACUGGGCUGUGGAUCCCGUGGCUUCAGACCCCUGCGUUAUGGAGUCUGUGGCUUCCCUUGCCUGAGCUAUGGAUCCAGAUUCUGCCGUCCAAUCUACUUUGCCUCCAGGAGCUGCCAAUCAUCAUGUUACAGGCCAGCCUGUAGAUCCAUUUUCUAUCAAUCAACUUGUUGAGGGUCCAGAUCAUUUUGAGUAUUGAGGUCAAAGUCUCUACUCAGUACAGCCAUUGUUUUCAUUCUCACCUGUUACUACUAUUCUUUUAUUCUUAAAUUAUCAGUUUCUUGCAUUACCAACUUUUGGCAGACUCUGAAAUUAAUGGGUAACCCCAAAUUAAGUCCUAAUAUCUGUACUAUUGAUAGUAUAUAUGCUAUUGGAUUUUCAUCUAAGAGCAAUUGAAAAUGCAAAUUUUACUCUAAUAAAUUUAUGUAAUCUGGCACCCA